GAAAUGUUCGAACUUGGAACAAAAGACGACCAUUGAAUUUGUUUAGAAAAUAUUAGGUAUUUAAUAUAAAAUUUUCGAAUACUAAACAAAAUUGGUUCAGUUGAAUUCGAGUUAUUCGAGUUAACGGCCCAAGUGAUUUCAAAGAUUCGCACAUGGUAGGUGAUUUUGGUGUACGGCAAAACUAAAAAUAUGAAGCAAGUAGCCGAGAAAUCUCUAUUAUGUUUUGUUCCCCAAGUAAAUUCGCAUAUAAAACGCGAUCGAGUAAAGAAAUUUUCGAGAAAAUCAGUAUUAAAAAUGCUAGCAGUGAUGGAGGCGUCUCGGAGUGCCGCGGGCAAUAGCAGUUCCACGAAUCCACCGCCUGCCGCCACCCCCGAGGAAGCAGCCCUGCAAGAGAAGGAGUUUCUAUCGUCCGGUCGCACCGGUAGAAGGAACGCCUUACCCGAUAUACUAGGCCAGCACGCUGUGGUCACGAACGAGGAUUUGUCCAGUCGAUUGGAAGGCCUGACCACCGAAGACGGGGCUUCUACUGACAAAAGGAACCUGCCCGGUUGCAGUAAAAGCUGA